GCCGAACGGCUCCGCUACAUCCUGGGGGAGGACGACGAGCCCCCCAACCCCACGCUGUUCACGGAGAUGGACACCCUGCAGCACGACGGCGACGAGAUGGAGUGGAAGGAAUCCGCCAGGUGGAUCAAGUUCGAGGAGAAGGUGGAAGAGGGCGGCGAGCGCUGGAGCAAGCCCCACGUGUCCACGCUGUCCCUGCACAGCCUCUUCGAGCUGCGCACGUGUCUCCAGACGGGCACCGUGCUCCUGGACCUGGAUGGGUACUCCCUGCCCCAGAUCAUUGACGAUGUCAUCGAGAAGCAGAUCGAGGACGGGCUGCUGAAGCCGGAGCUGCGGGAGAAGCUCAGCUACGUCCUGCUGCGCAAGCACCGCCACCAGACCAAGAAGCCGAUCCACCGCUCGCUGGCCGACAUCGGCAAGUCCGUGUCCUCCAACACGGCCCGCAGCCCCGCGCGGGGCCCGGCCGCCGGCGCCGCCUUCCACCGCUCCACCGAGGACCUGCGGAUGCGGCAGAGCGCCAGCUACGGCCGCCUGCGUCACGCCCAGAGCCGGAGCAUGAACGACAUCUCGGACACGCCGAGCACUGACCAGCUGAAGAACAAGUUCAUCAAGAAGAUCCCCAAGGACGCCGAGGCCUCCAACGUGCUGGUGGGGGAGGUGGAGUUCCUGGAGAAGCCCUUCGUGGCCUUCGUGCGGCUGCUGCAGGCCACCAUGCUGGGGGGGGUCACCGAGGUGCCCGUCCCCACCAGAUUCCUCUUCAUCCUCCUCGGCCCGGCGGGGAAGGCCAAGUCCUACAACGAGAUCGGCAGGGCCAUCGCCACUCUCAUGGUGGACGACCUCUUCAGCGACGUUGCCUACAAAGCCCGGGACAGGGAGGACCUGAUCGCCGGCAUCGACGAGUUCCUGGACGAGGUCAUCGUCCUCCCGCCCGGCGAGUGGGACCCCAACAUCCGCAUUGAGCCCCCCAAGAAGGUGCCCUCAGCUGAGAAGAGGAAAUCGGUGUUCUCGCUGAACGAGGUGGGGCAGAUGAACGGCGCGGCCGGCGGGGCGGGCGCUGGGGGCGGCGGCGGCGGCAGCGAAGACGGGGAGAUGCCCGAGGUCCACGAGAUCGGGGAGGAGCUGGCCUGGACCGGCAGGUUUUGCGGUGGCCUCUACCUGGAUAUCAAGAGGAAGCUGCCCUGGUUCCCGAGCGACUUCUACGAAGGUUUCCAUAUCCAGUCCAUCUCCGCCAUCCUCUUCAUCUACCUGGGCUGCAUCACCAACGCCAUCACCUUCGGGGGGCUGCUGGGGGACGCCACCGACAACUACCAGGGGGUCAUGGAGAGCUUCCUGGGCACGGCCAUGGCCGGCUCCAUGUUCUGCCUCUUCGCCGGGCAGCCCCUCAUCAUCCUCAGCAGCACCGGCCCCAUCCUCAUCUUCGAGAAGCUGCUCUUCGACUUCAGCAAAGGCAACGGCAUCGACUACAUGGAGUUCCGCCUGUGGAUCGGGCUGCACUCGGCCCUGCAGUGCCUUAUCCUGGUGGCCACCGACGCCAGCUUCAUUAUAAAGUACAUCACGCGCUUCACCGAGGAGGGCUUCUCCACCCUCAUCAGCUUCAUCUUCAUCUACGACGCCAUCAAGAAGAUGAUCGGGGCCUUCAAGUACUACCCCAUCAACUCCGACUUCAAGCCCGACUACGUGACCAUGUACAAGUGCGAGUGCGUCGCCCCCGACCCAGCCAACGCGACCUUGUUCGAUGCUUCAGCUCCAGUGGCACCGAACACCACUAACGUUUCUCUGUCCAAUGCUAUCAACCUCACAGCUCUGGACUGGACCCAGCUGAGUAAGAAGGAAUGUCUCAAGUACGGCGGCAGCUUAGUGGGAAAAUCCUGCAAAUUCGUGCCCGACCUGGCCCUCAUGUCCUUCAUCCUCUUCUUCGGCACCUACUCCAUGACCCUGACCCUGAAAAAAUUCAAAUUCAGCCGCUACUUCCCCACCAAGGUCAGGGCUUUCAUUGCUGAUUUUUCCAAUGUCUUCUCCAUCCUGCUCUUCUGUGGAGUGGACGCCUGUUUCGGACUGGACACCCCCAAACUCCACAUCCCCAGUAUCAUCAAGCCCACCCGCGUGGACCGGGGCUGGUUCGUGUUCCCCUUCGGGAAGAACCCGUGGUGGGUGUACCUGGCCAGCGCCCUGCCCGCCCUGCUCGUCACCAUCCUCAUCUUCAUGGACCAGCAGAUCACGGCCGUCAUCGUCAACAGGAAGGAGCACAAGCUAAGGAAGGCAGCCGGGUACCACCUGGACCUCUUCUGGGUGGGCAUCCUGAUGGCCGUGUGCUCCUUCAUGGGGCUGCCCUGGUACGUGGCCGCCACCGUCAUCUCCAUCGCCCACAUCGACAGCCUCAAGAUGGAGACCGAGACCAGCGCCCCCGGGGAGCAGCCCCAGUUCCUGGGGGUCAGGGAGCAGAGGGUGACCGGCAUCAUCGUCUUUGUGCUGACGGGGAUUUCGGUUUUCCUGGCUCCUAUCCUGAAGUACAUUCCCAUGCCGGUGCUCUACGGGGUCUUCCUCUACAUGGGCGUGGCGUCGCUGAACGGCAUCCAGUUCUGGGAACGCUGCAAGCUCUUCCUGAUGCCGGCCAAGCACCAGCCCGACUACGUGUUCCUGCGGCACGUCCCGCUGCGCCGCAUCCACCUCUUCACGCUGGUGCAGAUCGUCUGCCUGGCCGUGCUCUGGAUCCUCAAAUCCACCGUGGCCGCCAUCAUCUUCCCCGUCAUGAUCUUGGCCCUGAUCCUGGUGAGGCGGCUCCUGGAUUUCGUCUUCUCCCAACACGACCUGGCCUGGAUCGACAACAUCAUCCCCGAGAAGGAGAAGAAGAAGGAGGACGACAAGAAGAAGAAGAAGAAAGGCAACAAAGGCGACAGCAGCAGCGACGAGGAGUUCCCACCUCCCUCAGUCAUUAAGAUCCCCAUGGAGGCCCUGGGCCCGCAUUGCCUGAGCCGAAAGAGGGCCUCCACCUGGAGCUUUGCGUUCUGACUCCUCCCCGAACGGUUCGGACAUGGAUCGCAGUAUCACCCUGCACCUGAAGAUCUCGUGCCCGUCGUCUCCCGCCUUUAACUACUCCCGAAACCCCAUCUGUGCCGUGCCCCAGGUGAAGAUCGAGAUGGAGUCGGACUACGAGGACACCGACACGGAG